GAGCGACCAAACUGAACGCAUGAGCAUAUGACGGCGCCAGUCCUUUGACCCCAUUUUAGACAUCGCAGGACUGUUUUAUACAGCUACUUGCUAAUGUUGAUCAAUUAGCUGUUGUUUUAACUUGUUGACCGGCCAGAGACACUAACAUUGCUGGCUAGCUUUCCGACUCAUCUGCCCAGAUGUUCUUAUUUCGUUAGCUAGAUCUUGACAUUGUUCAAGUUGUGGUUGCUAAUUAGCUAGCAGCAGGGCCCAUUUUCGAUGCAGAUUGCUUGUUUCAGGACUUGCAUUUUCUCGUUGACACAAUAACCACAUAUACAAUUGAUUAUUCGCCGAGCCUAGGUACUGAGUUGAUUGUCCAUAGUGUCCUUCGCACAAAUGGAUGGCGAAGAGGACGAAUUCUUCUCCGGGAACCACUCUGAUGGUGGUGGCACCCCGGUACAGGACGAACAUGCUCCAGGUUCAGAUGCGGAAGAGGAGAUGAGGAAUGAGCCACGCCACUCUGAGGAUGAGAAUAAUGAUGGUGAGGGAGCUGCUCGGGCCAUGGAGACAAACAGCGUGGCCAGCGGGUCAGACAACAAGGGCCCCAAAGGGGCGGACAGUGACUCUGAUGGGGAGGCCCCUAGGCCUGCAGACAGGGAUAACAAGGAGGAGUCCCCACCCAAACGCGGAUGCAGCACCUCUGACAUAGAGGAGUCCCCGCCCAAACGCGGAGGCAGCACCUCUGACAUAGAGGAGUCCCCGCCCAAACGCGGAGGCAGCGCCUCUGACAUAGAGGAGUCCCCGCCCAAACGCGGAGGCAGCGCCUCUGACAUAGAGGAUUCCCCGCCCAAACGCGGAGGCAGCACCUCCGACAUAGAGGAUUCCCCGCCCAAACGCGGAGGCAGCACCUCCGACAUAGAGGAUUCCCCGCCCAAACGCGGAGGCAGCACCUCCGACAUAGAGGAUUCCCCGCCCAAACGCAGAGGCAGCACCUCCGACAUGGAGGAUUCCCCGCCCAAACGCGGAGCCAUCACCUCCGACAUGGAGGAUUCCCCGCCCAAACGCGGAGCCAUCACCUCCGACAUGGCGGAGUCCCCGCCCAAACGCAGAGGCAGCACCUCCGACAUGGAGGAGUCCCCGCCCAAACGCAGAGGCAGCACCUCCGACAUGGAGGAGAAAGAAACCAAACGGGAUGCAGCCGGGAGCGACUCUGAGAACGAGAACCGGCCCCCAUCCCCUGCCCGGAGCAGACACUCGACUGCACGAAGUGACUCUGAGAUUGAGGCGCCCAAACACAAAGCGCAGAUAGAGUCUGAUGGAGAGGAGGGCGGUGAGAAUAAAGGGAAGUGGAAGGCUGUAAUCCACUCCGACAGUGAGGAUGAGGUGGAGGCUCGGCCAGUGAAAGCAGCUGCAGGCAGUGACCAGGAGAAGGAGAGUCCCGCAAAACAGGUGGUGGAAGUUAGUGAGGAUGACGACGAGAUGCCAAUGAAGAGGAAGAAAGCCAUCCUGUCAGACAGUGAAGGUGAGGAGAAGGCUGACGAACCAGUGGUGAAGAAGAGCCGCGCUGUGUCUGACGAUGACAGCUCCGCCAGUGACGCAGGCUCAGAGGCACACGACAAAACCAUGGCCAAACUGCGGGAACUGGGCUCAGAAAGCGAAGACGAGGAUGAUGGACAGAAGGUGGAAGGAGGGAAGAAGGACGAGAAAACACUGUUUGGUAGCGACAGCGAUUCAGGCGACGAGGAAGAGAAAAUGAUUGCAGACAUUUUUGGUGACUCUGGCGAUGAAGAGGGGGAAGAGUUUACGGGUUUCAAUCAGGAGGAUCUGGAGGGGGAUAAGAGCCAAUCUCAGGCCUCUGCAAAGAAAACAAUGGCAGAUGACUCUGAUUCUGAUGAGGGCGUGGACAGGGGUGGUGGCCAAGACACCAGUUUCAUGUCGGACUUUGACGUGAUGCUGGCUCGUAAGAAGGCCCAGAGCGGGAAGCGACGGCGGAACCGCGAUGGGGGAACGUUCAUCAGUGAUGCUGACGACGUGGUCAGCGCUAUGAUCACCAAGAUGACCGAAGCUGCAGAGGAGGACAGAACACUGAACGCUCAGAAGAAGCCAGCGUUAAAAAAGCUGACCCUCCUCCCCACUGUAGUUAUGCACCUGAAAAAGCAAGACCUCAAGGAGACGUUCAUCGACAGCGGGGUGAUGUCGGCUAUCAAGGAGUGGAUCGGCCCGCUGCCAGAUAAGAGUCUACCGGCCCUCAAAAUCAGAGAGGAUCUCCUCAAAAUUCUACAGGAACUCCCCAGUGUGAGUCAGGAGACUCUCAAACACAGCGGGAUAGGCCGAGCCGUCAUGUUCCUAUACAAACACCCCAAGGAGUCGCGCCCCAACAAGGACCUCGCCCUCAAACUCAUCAACGAGUGGUCCAGGCCCAUCUUUGGCCUGACGUCUAACUACAAGGGCAUGACGCGCGAGGAGAGACAACAGAGAGACCUCGACCAGCAGAUGCCGCAAAAAAGACGCCUCAGCUCAGGGGGACAGACUCCUCAUAGAGACCUGGAGAAAGUGCUGACGGGAGAAGAGAAAGCUCUACGCCCAGGCGACCCUGGAUUCUGUGCCCGGGCCAGGGUGCCCAUGCCAUCCAACAAGGACUACGUCGUGCGGCCCAAAUGGAACGUGGAGAGCGAAUCCAGAGCAGCCCCGGUUAAGAAGGGCAUGUCACGGGUGGACAAACAGUUGCGUCGCUUCGCCGACAUAAAGCGUAUGACAAAGACAGGCCACGCGGUGAAGAUCAGCGUCCAGGGCAACCGGAUGCCCCUCUGAUGACAUCUUUUUUUUAACCUUUUGUGGCUAUGUGAAAGCAUAGGUUUCAAUACAUAGCUUUUACCGAUCCAAUAAUAUCAGAGCUAUGAUUAUUCCAAGGAAGGAUGCAAUUAUUUAAAUCAUUUGAUUAGGGCAAGGAUCCCACUUCUGUGUGCUUUAGCCAACUUCUCUAACUAGCAUGACGAUGGUCAAAGCAGUUUGCUAAAGCACAUAGAUGAGACCAUGCUAUCGUCAAACCCCCUCAGGCCAGCCUGAAUGUAUGAUAGCGGUGUGGCUUCACAGGCUGGUUGGCCUUCGGUCCUCACGCCUUUGAGAGAUUCAAUACGGAGUGUGGAAGAUUGGUGUUAUAGCACGAUGAAAGUUUUAAGGUCAUUUCCAAUUGUGCAGACAUGCAGCGUAUACCGAACGCUGGCCUUAAGUUUCUAUAGCGCGGAUCUUCCAUGCUCAGUUUUGAAUGUACGUUAGGCCUUUGUUUUACUUUGUUUCUGAAGAAGCUGUACAGACUUAGGAGCUGCCUGUAUGUCUUGACUGUGUGCCGGUUGUUUCCGAAGUUACUUUCAUAAUAAAGAGGGUUUCACCAGA